AUGAGGAUAGAAGGAGAAAAAGGUGUGAAAACACAAUCCGCGCCAAAACAUUGGCCGCGGACGCGCAAAGAGAAUUUUGGCCGAGCAAUUCCAAUCUGGCCGACCGUACGGUCGAGCCGGGAAGGAAUAAGCCGUGCUCGGCCGGAUCAUCUACUUGCGCGACAGAAACGUUCGCGCACGCACGAACCGGGAAAGAGGCCGCGAUCGGCCGAAAUUUUGUAUCGGAACGGACCGACCGUGCCGGUCGAUCCGGGAAACAAACGAUCGGCCUCGGCCGAAAUUCUCUCGCCAAAACAAUUUGGCCGACCAAAUCGCUCGACCGCGACAAAAUCCAUCGGCCAUCGGCCCAAAACUUUUCGGCCAAGGUAA